AUGUUCUCUUUCACUUCGUUUGUUUUAAACCCCUUUACAGCCUUUCUUUCUUUUCUUUCUUUCUUUUUUCUUUUAUAUUUUUUUCCCUUUCUUUCUUUCUUUCUUUCUUUCUUCCUUUCUUUCUUUCUUUCUUUUAAUAUCCUUUCUUUCUUUCUUCCUUUCUUUCUUUUCCUUUCUUUCUUUUUAAUAUGUUCUACUUCCGUUCGUUUAAACCGCUUUCUUUCUUUCUUUCUUUUUCUUUCUUUCUUUUUUUUUAAUAUAUUUCUACUUCCCCUUUCUUUCUUUCUUUCUUUCUUUCUUUCUUUCUUUCUUUCUUUCUUUCUUUCUUUCUUCCUUUCUUUCUUUCUUUCUUUUAAUAUCCUUUCUUUCUUUCUUUUAAUUUCUUAUUUCCUUUCGUUUUAUAUCUGUUACCACCUUUCUUUUAAUGUCGCUUUCUUUUAUCAUUCUCUGAUUAUUUUAUUUCCUCUUUGUUUAAUUUCUGUUUCUCCUUUUCUUUUCAACUGUCAUCUUUAUUCCGUACACUCUUUUCUCUCUUUCUUUUACCGUUUAUUUCUUUCUAUUAUCUACUUUUCAAUUUUUCCUUUCUUUAAACUCUUCUUCUUCUUUCCUUUCAUUAAAUCUUAUCUUUUUUUUUCUUCUAACAUUAGUUUAAUCAUUUUUUUUCUUUCUGUAUUUCUUCGCUUAGGCUGUUUUUCAACGUUUCUUCUUUAUCAAAAUAAAUAA